CACAUGCAAUUUGAAAACACACACUUUAGUAAAUCUAUAAUGUCAAUAAUUCAGUGUAUUGGAGGAUUUGUAGCCAUCCUAAUCUUCCUAUACAUUUACUAUUGGAGACGCAAUAGAGAUGAAUUUGUACCAAUUAAUUGGCCAAUAAUUGGUAUGCUACCAACAUUUUUGCAUCAUCUCUCCGAUUUCCAUGAUUAUGCAACCAUUGUUUUGAAGCGUAAUGGAGGAACUUAUCGAUUUCAAGGACCCUGGUUCACAAACACAAGCUUUGUCGGUCUAGCUGAUCCAAUGAACGUGACAUACAUCACAAAGAAGAAUUUUGGCAACUACGCGAAAGGGUCAAAAUUCCAUGAUAUUUUUGAAGUUCUUGGAGGUAGUAUUUUCAAUUCUGAUUCCAACGAUGUAUGGAAACAGGAGAAGACAAUGUUUCAUUUAGUUCUUGGAAGGAAAAGCUUCAAGAACAUGUUCCAACAUUCCAUUCAGAAGAAGGUGGACGACUAUCUAAUACCAUUUCUUAAUGAUGUAUCUGAAGCAGGAGCUCAGGUGGAUUUGCAAGAUGCCUUUAAUAGGUUCACCUUUGAUAGCAGCUGCCUGAUUUUAUUUGGAUUUGAUCCAAAUUGCCUUCCAAACAAGUUUAAUCAGCUUAGAGAAAUUCCUUAUAAAAAAUCUCUUCCUGUGAUGGAGGAAGUGAUAUUUUACAGGCACUUCAUUCCAAGUAGUUUAUGGAAGUUGCAAAAAUGGCUCAAUGUUGGUCAAGAGAAGAAGUUCAAGGUUGCCCAAGAAUAUCUUGACCGAUUCUUGUAUGAAAGUAUAACAUUUUCCCUUGGUGAAGAGCAAAGCAAAUGCAGCAACGAAGAAAUGGACCAAUGUUUUUUAGGCAUGGUAAAAGCCCUAAAGAAAGAAGGAUAUGGAAAGGGGGAAAUCAGUGAGAAGUAUCUUAGAGAUACUGCACUCACUAUGGUGUUUGCCGGAAAUGGUUCAAUUAGUUCAGCUCUCAGUUGGUUUUUCUGGCUCCUUUCAACUUAUCCUAUUGUGGAAGAAAAAAUCAUUCAAGAGAUCAAAGAUAAUUGGCUAACACAAGAGGAUAAUCGGAUUAUUUUGAGGGAUGUGGUUCUUGAUAAGCUAGUAUACCUCCAUGGAGCUAUAUGUGAAACCUUAAGGCUUUAUCCACCUAUACCUUUUGAGCAUAUCUGUGCAAUCAAAUCCGAUAUACUACCUAGUGGAGAACGUAUUAGUCCAAAUACAAGUUUAAUGUACUCUAUGUAUUCUAUGGGCAGGAUGGAACAACUAUGGGGGGAAGACUGCAUGGAAUUUAAGCCUGAGAGAUGGAUAUCUGAGAGGGGAGAUAUUAUACAUGUACCUUCUUACAAGUUCAUAACUUUCAACACAGGACCCAGAAUUUGUAUAGGUAAAGAUCUUAGUUUCAUUCAAAUGAAGAUGGUCGCAGCUGCUUUGUUACGGAAGUUUCACAUACAGGUGGUGGAAGGUCACCUUGUAACCCCAAGGCUUUCUGUGUUUCUUCGCAUGAAACAUGGCUUGAAGGUUGAAGUCUCUAAAAGAAGCAUUUGACUGAAGUCUCUCCGAAUGAUCCAAGAUUUAUGUUGUGUCCUAUAACCUAUUUGUCAUUGUUGUUCUGUGUGUCUUGGCUAUUCAUUGUUUACAAAUUAUGUUUCAUUGUAAUAAACUGCUUUAAGUUAUGUUGAGCUGUUGUUAUAUUUUGAAGUAAUUGGAGAUGACCUCUCCAAGCAACAAUAAUACAUCUUCUCUUUUAUAAA